AACUUGCGUCUGGUAGUAACGGACAAUGGCAGUAUGUUCCACGCCUAAAGUUUUUAAGUCUAAUUUAAGCCAGGUGAUGCAAAAAAAAACAAAGCUAAAAAGCACCGACAACUGCAAGAGUCUAAACAUUUGGCAGAGAUCAGCGGAGGAUUGUUACAGCCGGGGAUGUUGUUGUAUAAAUAGGAAAAUUCAUCGAAGUCCUUCUAAAUGCUCAUUUCAGGGCUGCUUUGAAAAGGCAGCAGCUCUCAGAUGACAUUUGCUGCUGAAGGCCAGGUUUUAUCUGAGCGAGAAAGGUCGCCUUCGGCUGGAUGAUUACUUUCUGUCAGUCAGGAUGCUGCUGCACAGCUGAGCCCCCUCUAAGUUUAAGUAGCAGUUCUUCAUGGGACACGCGUGCAAUCACAUUAUAAAUAUAGAGAGCGGUGUGCAGGACGUCUGCACGGUGCUCCACUGAUUUGAUGGAAAAUGUGGGCUGGCCGCUGUUGCACUGAUGACCGAAUAAAUUUAAGUCUGUGAGACGUUUAUGGCUGCGAGUGCCGAGCAGAAAUACAGGAGGGGGGGUGGAACUGCUGUAAUGACCGGAAGAGAAGAAAAAAAAAGGUUAGAAGGGACGUAAAGGAUGAGAAACGAGAAGGAAGCUAUGAGAUGAGGAGAGGGGGGAAAAAAAGGAGACGUCAGGAGGCUGUUAGAGCGUCUGUGUGCUCCCAGAUCAGGGUUUUACAUUUAGCUCAUCUAAAACAAGUUCUGGGACGUGAUGUUGAGGCGGUGGGAGCGCUCAGCCUGUGGGCGAUGAGCUGCUGCUGCCAGCCAGGAGAGGAUGCUGGAGGCUGGGGGGACGCAGACAGAGACAUGGGCUGUGGAGCGCUCUGCCCUCCAGUGUCGGAGCUCCAGGAGGAGGGGAUAAACGCCAUCAACCUUCCUCUCAGUCCCUCCCACUAUGAGCUGGACCCUGAGGACACCAUGCUGGAGGAGAACGAGGUACGUACCAUGGUGGACCCCAACUCCAAGAACGACCCCAAACUGCAGGAGCUGAUGAAGGUGCUGAUCGACUGGAUCAACGACGUCCUGGUGGGGGAGCGCAUCAUCGUGAAGGACCUGGCUGAAGACCUGUACGACGGGCAGGUCCUGCAGAAGCUGUUCGAGAAGCUGGAAGGUGAGAAACUGAACGUGGCGGAGGUGACCCAGUCGGAGAUCGCUCAGAAGCAGAAGCUGCAGACGGUGUUGGAGCGCAUCAACGACUCGCUGAAACUGUCCACCAGGAGCAUCCGCUGGAACGUGGACUCGGUCCAUGCUAAGAGCAUAGUGGCCAUCCUUCACCUCCUGGUGGCGCUGUCGCAGCACUUCAGAGCACCAAUCAGGUUGCCCGACCACGUUUCUAUCCAAGUGGUGGUGGUCCAGAAAAGAGAGGGCAUCCUUCAGUCCAGGCAGAUUCAGGAAGAAAUCACUGGCAACACUGAGGCUUUCUCCGGCAGACACGAGCGGGAUGCUUUUGACACCCUGUUUGACCACGCUCCAGAUAAGCUGAACGUUGUCAAAAAGACUUUGAUCACGUUUGUGAACAAACACCUGAACAAACUGAACCUGGAGGUGUCUGAGCUGGAAACACAGUUUGCAGACGGUGUUUAUCUGGUGCUGCUGAUGGGUCUGCUGGAAGGAUACUUUGUUCCGCUCUACAACUUCUUUCUCACGCCAGAAAAUUUUGACCAAAAGACAUUGUGAACUGUGACCUGAAAUCCACGCUGCGUGUUCUGUACAACCUCUUCUCCAGGUACAGAAAUGUGGACUGAGCAUCAGGAAACUGCUCAUCAGUGCUUUUAGCUCCUUUUUUUUAAAUACUAAAAUAUUUUUUGUUAUUAUUGGUUGAGUUGUUUUGUACCCACAUGCAUGAAUCACAUUUUGCCUUUUGGAGAAAAGAAUCCCACACGUUUGGAUCAUUUCUGCAGACACGAUUAGAGUUUGUUGUCAUUUUAUUGUAAAUUGCAUGAAUCUUUAUUUUAAGCUGAAAACAUUUCAAAGCCAUAAAAGUCAUUUUGACUCAAAAGUAGCAACGUUUCUUUUUAUUCAAAAUGUUUAAAUGUAUUUAUUGUACAUUUUGAUACACUUCGUCAGCUCUCUGAAUUGUAUUAUUCUAGUGUUUCAGUCUGUUUUAUUUAAACAUUAAAACGCUGACAGCUUCUGUUUAAUAUCUUAAACUUUUUAUUAGACGAGGUUCACAAGUCUUGAAAUAUUUUUAAUUCUUUUGUUAAUGAGCCAGUUUGUCUGUUAAAUUGUGAUUCGCUCUUUAAUUUGUAAAUAAUUUAUUUAGAUUUUGCCACAUUUGGUUUAUGAAGCCAACUCAAAUAAAAAAAAAAUUUCUGUCUGA